AUGGAGUCCGAUUCUCUCGCCGCGGAGACAGCGGUUGCCAGUGAGGAAUUUCAGCAUGGCAGCAACAAUGAGCCAAGUCAUUCUCAAGCCGAUUCUGAAUGGCUUCAAAUUAUACUUCAUGUUGACGGCAGUCUUUUACCGGGCUUCGACUUCGGUUACAUUCGCUCUAUGGCAACAAACGACUCUCCUGGACUUCGAGUGGAAAUUCUAGCUCGGCCUGGAACUCUUGCCGUGCCUUUGCUUCUCAUGAGGCUGCGACUCAAGUGUGGCGAGACAUGGAAUCCUUUUGCGAUUAUUGCUGUGCCAGUCAGCAAAAACCAAUCUCCGUUGUUGGCCCAUGUUCUUGAAGUAUCAAAUACGACUGCAAUGAAGGCCUUUUUUACCAUACCAUCUACAUAUAUUAGUUCGACUACUGUUAUGGAUCCUACACAUGGCUUGGAUUUUGAUCUCAUGAGGUUGGGAUUACCUGAUCCUCAACAUGAUAGUGCCCCUUCGCGCCCUAGCACUUUCGUCUGCCCCCAAAUCGACCAGAUAGUUUGGAUCUACUCUGAAGCAAAAGCUGGCGAAGUUAUCGUGGAGUAUCCAUCGUCGUUUUGGAGGCAAAUCCACCGCCAAUCAAUGGCCACGCGGACCAUCGCUAACCGCAUCAAAUCCAUGCUCUCGCCUGAGAGCCCAGAGAGCCCGAUAAGAUUCUGGAUCACAUUCCCUUUCUACCAAGAAUGGAGACGGGAUUGGCGAAUAAUCUUUGGCGAUGAGCACAAAGAGAGUCCCUAUGGCAGAGUCGCGGGGGAGUACCAUCAAGCAGACAACACACCAAACCAUCCAUUUCGAUCCCUUCUGACUCCCUUACCUGACUCGGAAUGGAUUGCAAAAGAGAACGACAAGGAGGAAUAUGGAACAGACGCUACAGGUCUUCCUACAGCUUACUUAAUGGCUGUCAACAUGAGAACCGUCCAAAACGCCAUGCCCGAUAUUGGAACCUUGGUUGAGAUUGAUCUGUCAGUUGCCCAGGGUUAUUUCAAGAUACCGAAACCGCCUCAAACUCCCUCUCACAUCCGAAAGAUUGCGGUAGAGGUUCAAGGUGUUAUUGGAACGGCCGAAAAUAAGGUACAAAAUGCUGCAGAUGAAAUUCGGACUAGGCUGAGUGUUAUCCGAGAUAAAGAGGGAAUCGCACAAGAGGUCGCCCCCUUAAUUUCGGAACUUUACGUCGAAACAGCUGCCAAGGGCUUAAUGCCGUAUAUCAAUAAACUGUCGAAUAAGGCAAAGGCAAAGCUUCCCUCCGGGCCUGAAGAUGCUCAGCGAUGGGUAGACGCCCUAGAAAUAGCCUCUCAACUUCGAGCGCGCGGCGGCGAAAAUGACAAUACACAUGUCAAACGUAUUGCCAAAUGGGUCAAAUCUCAGGGGGUAGUUGUGCGGACAUUGAAGCGAAGUAAAUUCGGCGAGCCAUUUUUGGGCUGUCGUUUGGAUCCGCCUUGCGAUAUUCCAGCCGAGGUCGCACUCUUUCACCUCGAAGUACCCAAGCAGCCAGACUGGCCGCACGGUUUCAAAAGGCCUCCCCUACGAAUCGCCAUCCCAAAGGUUGUUCCGACUGACGGAUCUCCAAUGGAUGCAUAUAAGACGAAAGAUUUUUUGUUUGCUAAGAAGGCAGAGACGGUCGAGGUGGAGUGUCUCGAAAUCCGCGUCGUGGAUAAUCUUAAGCUCGACCCUAUAGAAAGCGAUCAGUUGGAGGCCACUAGCCGAAAAAUUGCCAUUGCAAUAACAACAAAAGAUUAG